GGCGAAUCCAAGUCUUGCUCGACGGCACUAACGCUGCUUUCACUCGUCGUCGACCAUGAUUUCUCGGUCAAUUCGUGCUUCACGCCUCGUCUCUCGUCGCGUUCUUCCUCCCAUCUCACGAGUGCAAUGGCGGAGACAUUUUGCAGCACCUUCCGAACCCCCAAAGAAUGACGACAAACGACUGGAUGAUAAAGGGAAGCAACGUGAGGACCUCGACCGAAAGGACGAUCAGAAAGGAUUCCCCCCUCCUCUCGAGGGUUUCUUUCAGCAGCUCAAGAAGCAGAUGAAGGAAAUUGAGGAGGAACGGAACAAAUACAACAAGGAGAACGAAUCCGACCGCGGAGACGGCCAGAAAAAAUCCCCUCCUCCACCGAAUAACAACAAUACUCAGCAGCUGAUUUUGCUGACGAGUAUAGUUGCACUUUUAUGGGCUAUGUCAAAUACCGGUUCUUCUACGUCGAGAGAGAUUACCUGGCAAGAAUUCCGCACCGCCUUCCUUGACAAGGGCCUUGUUGAAAGACUCGCCGUUGUAAACCGUAACAAGGUCCGCAUAAAGUUACGUCCCACUGCAGCUGGCAAUAUGCUUCCUGGUGCGGUUGCACCGGGUGAGUACUACUUCUCAAUUGGAAGUGUUGACGCUUUUGAGCGCAAGCUCGACGAGGCUCAAAACGAGCUGAGCAUUCCGAGCCAUGAGCGUAUCCCUGUCGCAUAUCACGAUGAGAUAUCAGCAUUUAGCACACUAUUGCAUUUUGCUCCCACGAUGUUACUCGUGGGCGUGAUUUAUUGGAUGUCAAGACGUGCAGGCGGCGCAGGAGGUGGUUCGGGAGGUAUUUUUGGUAUGGGGCGAAGUCGUGCUAAACUAUUCAACAAGGAGACAGAAGUCAAGGUCAAAUUCGCUGACGUUGCUGGCAUGGAUGAGGCGAAGGAGGAAGUCAUGGAAUUUGUGCAGUUCCUCAAGGAGCCCGCCCGCUACGAAAAGCUCGGUGCGAAGAUCCCCCGCGGUGCGAUUUUAUCAGGUCCUCCUGGUACCGGUAAAACGCUCUUGGCAAAGGCGACUGCCGGAGAAGCAAACGUGCCUUUCCUGUCUGUCUCUGGAUCCGAGUUUGUCGAGAUGUUCGUUGGUGUAGGUCCUUCCCGUGUCCGCGACCUGUUCUCAUCGGCCAAGAAACAUGCGCCCUGUAUCAUCUUCGUUGAUGAAAUCGAUGCUAUUGGCAAGAAGCGAGGAAAGGGCGGAAACUUUGGUGGAAACGACGAGCGCGAGUCUACUCUUAAUCAGCUACUUGUCGAGAUGGAUGGAUUCGGGACUCGCGAGCAUGUGGUUGUCCUUGCGGGUACGAAUAGGCCAGACGUUCUUGACCCGGCGCUAUUGCGUCCAGGACGGUUUGACCGCCAUAUUGCCAUCGACCGUCCUGACGUAUCUGGUCGCAAGGGUAUCUUCAUGGUUCAUCUCCGGCCUCUCCGCCUUUCUAGCGACCUUCCUACCCUCGAAGAUCUCGCACAAAAGUUGGCUGUCCUCACCCCUGGGUUCUCUGGUGCCGAUAUUGCAAAUGUUUCUAAUGAAGCUGCUUUGCAUGCAGCGCGCAAGAACCAUGAGUCUGUUGAAGAGUCGGACUUUGAGAGCGCGAUUGAGCGCGUCAUUGCUGGUCUGGAACGCAAGAGCCGUGUGCUGAGCAAGGAGGAAAAGAAGACAGUCGCGUACCACGAAGCUGGUCAUGCUGUUUGUGGCUGGUUCCUGGAACAUGCCGAUCCUCUGCUUAAAGUCAGUAUCAUCCCUCGCGGAGUUGGUGCAUUAGGUUAUGCACAGUACCUGCCCCCUGACCGCUACUUGCUUUCCACGCCGCAAAUGAUGGACCGGAUAUGCAUGACCCUUGGUGGCCGUGUCUCGGAAGAGAUAUUCUUUGGCGCAGAGAACAUCACGACUGGCGCACAAGAUGACCUGCAAAAGAUCACUCGCAUGGCAUUUGAGGCGUGUGCAAACUACGGCAUGAACGACGUUAUUGGCCCAGUCAGCUACGGUGGGACCGAAAGUAGGAAAGAGAGCUGGCAGAAACCAUUCAGCGAGAAGACUGGCGAGAUGCUUGAUUCCGAAGUCCGCAAGAUGAUCAUGACGGCGUACGACCGUACGCGGGAACUGCUAAGAAAGCACCGCGAGGACGUCGAGAAAGUUGCUCAACUGCUUCUUACCAAGGAGGUUAUCACGCGCGAGGACAUGCGGGAUCUUCUCGGUAAACGACCUUUCGAUGGGCGUUCCGACGACAUGGACAAAUGGUUAGACGAACACGGGUCGAAGAAGAAGGGAGAAGUGAGUGCACCUCCGCCGAUGGAAGAGUCACCUGAACCUGCACCGUUGCCAACCCCCAUGUCGAAAUUAGAGGUAGACAGGAGAUGAUUCCGGAACUUCGUUUUCCUUUUCUCUCCUUGUAUUACAGGGUACGCUAUCAUCAAGUAAAAGUAAAUACUUUGCAUAAUGAAACGCAUACAGAGGCAUCCCACUCCCUUCAAUAUAAAUUGCAUAGAACAUCUAAUUAGCUUAAAGAUGAAGUCAAAGAAAUUUGACUGUUAAUGUUCA